AUGGUUAACAGUCUCUGGUUCAAGUGGAAAGGCCUUCGACUGCCCUGGAGGAAGUCCUUCAUGGUCGGCCAGGAUCUUGCCGGAAACACAUUCUGGGAAUUCAAAGAUCAACUAAACGCCGGCCGGUAUAGACGGAUCGUCAAAUUCGAUCCGAAGACACACUACGGAGAUGUGCAGGUUACCCCGCAAUGGCAUCAAUGGCUUCGAUAUGUCCGACCGACUCCGCCGACCCUCGAAGAACAGCGACAAGACCUAGUCCGUCAGGCGCAAAUGAAAGAACUCGCUCGACUGGCCGAUGAGCGCUGGGCCAGCAAACCCUCUUUCCUCGAUAAACCGAAGACUCAGCAGAAGGUUCCUGGAAUUGAAACAGGGAAUGCGACUACCAACACGAACACUGUCUCCGCGGACGCGCCUUCAUCUUCUGCCCCGGCACCAGUACCCGAGCCUACAAGUACACCGCCGAAGACCCGCAAGGAAGAGAACCCGUGGGCAAAGGCGGAUAGACAAAACCCUGGGGCUAAUUGGCAGCCUGAGGCGUGGUCCCCUUCUUCGCAUCGGUGA